CACCCCCCAAUAAUACCAACUAAUAUGCACCUUGUCUAUUAAAAAGGGGGUUUCUUCCACUCUGCCCCUUUCCCAAGUGUUCUCUCAUGAUGGUGGAAAUGAAGGGGUGGGUCUUUAGUACAUCACCUGAGUUGUGGGGUAAAUGUAGAGAGUGUCAAUCACAGGCAGAGCUCAGAGCUGGGAAGGAGCUACAGAUGGCGGCUGUGCCUUAGAGAGCGGACUUAGCUCCCUGCCUUCCCUUAUACUCUACUUUCACUUUAGCCAAGUUUGGGCUGCUUCCCAGGGGCCCCUCCACCCUGCACCCUCCUGUGGCACUUGGGGGGUUAUGGAACACAUUAAUUUCAGGGCAUUUUUUCGCUUUUUCCCCGCGUCCCGUCGUUGAGAAGGAGCCGAGGAGUCUGCUCGUUGUUUUCGCAGCUCAUGGCGCACCACCAUAUUUGUGCUCUAUGAGCAGCAGCCCUUCCCUAGCCGCGCCGCUCUCUCUCUGGCCAGCGAACCCCCCCUUUUAUCACCUUUAUCUCUCCGAACCCCCAAACCCACAUACCAAAUACUUUUUUUCGUCAUUUUUAAUUUUUUUUGUGUUUUAAUUUGAUGGCGUUUACGACAGUGGUUGGAAUACGGGACUCUUCCUGUUAAGUCGGUGCAUGGAUUGAGCAGCAAAUUUAUUGAACCCCUCACUUCAAAGGGCAACUUUGCCCCCCAUUAAUAAAAGGAAUACACAAUGAUGAGGAAUGAGGAUAAACCCGGGGAAGAGGACGGCUCAGCUCAUAGCAAUGCAUCCAGUCAUUCUGCCUCGGAGGAGUCCAAUCACUCUGUUUAUGGAUCGGAAUCUGCAAGCCAGUCAGAGAGUGAGCAUGUUACUGAGCAAGGCAGUGAAUCAAACAGCAGCUCUGAGUCCUCAGAAAGCCAUUCAGAAUCAGACUGUGAAUCGACUGGCUCAAAGACACAUGAUGCCCUGGCUGAAUCCAAGGAAAAGCCUCUCCCUAAAAAGGAGAGACUGGCUGAUGUGAAGAAGAUGUGGGAAGAAUACCCUGAUGUUUAUGGAGUUAGGAGGUCAAACCGGAGUAGACAGGAGCCAUCACGAUUUAAUAUAAAAGCUGAGAGUAGCGAUUCUGAAAGUGAAAGCCCCAGAAGAAGAAGUAUGCGAUCAACAAGGAAAAAAGAGAAAAACAUAGUUUCCGAUGAUGAGGACGAGGAAGGAAGCAGUGCAGAAAGUGAUGCAGAACAAACUAAAUUUAGAUCAUCCCGUUUGCAGCAGAAGAGAAAAUUGGCCAAGAGCAGCACAAACAAGCUGAAAAGGUCUCUGCGUGGAAAAAAGCGAAAACAAGCAUCGUCUGAGGAAGAGGAUGAUGACGACGACGAUGAUGAUGACGAUGAAACUCCCAAGAGACAAACCAGGCGCAGGGCAGCUAAAAAUGUCAGCUACAAGGAAGAUGAUGACUUUGAGACAGAUUCGGAUGAUCUGAUUGAAAUGGUGGGCGAGGAAGCAGAGGAACUGGAAGAUAGUCAUGAAACAAUAGAGAAAGUUUUGGACUCCAGAAUUGGAAAAAAGGGAGCCAUUGGAGCUUCCACUACUGUGUAUGCAACAGAAGAAAAUGGGGAUCCUAACUCUGAAUUUAACCCUGAAACUGAUGAAAGGGAGCAACAAUAUCUUAUUAAGUGGAAAGGCUGGUCUUACAUCCACGGUACCUGGGAGAGUGAAGAUUCUCUUCAGCAGCAGAAGGUGAAAGGCCUGAAAAAGCUUGAGAACUUCAAGAAAAAGGAGGAAGAAAUCAAGCAAUGGUUAUCAAAAGUUUCACCUGAGGAUGUAGAAUACUUCAGCUGCCAGCAAGAACUUGCAUCCGAGCUGAACAAGCAGUAUCAGAUAGUUGAGAGGGUCAUAGCUGUAAAAACAAGCAAGUCGUCUUCUGGGCACUCAGAUUUUCCAGUUCACAGCAGGAAGACUUCCUCCUCCAAUGAACCGGAGUAUCUGUGCAAGUGGAUGGGUCUCCCAUAUUCUGAAUGCAGCUGGGAAGAUGGUGCCCUUGUUGGGAAGAAGUUCCAGCACUGUAUUGACAGUUUUAACUGCAGAAACAACUCAAAAACAACACCUGUAAAAGACUGCAAGGUUUUGAGGCAGAGACCAAGGUUUGUCACCUUAAAAAAGCAGCCUUCUUACAUAGGGGGUGAAGGACUUGAACUGCGUGACUACCAGCUAGAGGGUUUGAACUGGCUGGCUCACUCUUGGUGCAAGAAUAACAGUGUGAUUCUUGCUGAUGAGAUGGGCUUGGGAAAGACCAUCCAAACAAUUUCAUUUCUCUCCUAUCUGUUCCACCUACACCUGCUUUAUGGGCCCUUUCUUUUAGUGGUGCCCUUAUCAACUCUGACAUCCUGGCAGAGGGAGUUUGAGGUCUGGGCACCAGAUAUAAAUGUGGUGGUUUACAUUGGAGAUCUCGGUAGCAGAAACACGAUACGUGAAUAUGAAUGGGUCCAUCAGCAAAGCAAGAAGAUGAAAUUUAAUGCACUACUUACAACGUAUGAAAUUUUGCUGAAGGAUAAAGCUGUUCUGAGUAGUAUUAACUGGGCUUUCCUUGGGGUGGAUGAAGCCCAUCGACUAAAGAAUGAUGAUUCUUUACUUUAUAAAACACUCAUUGAAUUCAAAUCUAACGCCCGACUGCUGAUCACUGGUACACCUCUUCAGAACUCGCUUAAGGAGCUGUGGUCACUCCUGCACUUUAUUAUGCCAGAGAAAUUUGAAUGUUGGGAAGACUUCGAAGAUCAGCAUGGCAAAGGAAGAGACAAUGGUUAUCAAAGCCUACACAAAGUCCUAGAACCUUUUUUACUACGCAGAGUGAAGAAAGAUGUGGAGAAGUCUCUUCCAGCCAAAGUAGAACAGAUACUCCGGGUAGAGAUGUGUGUCAUGCAGAAACAGUAUUACAGGUGGAUAUUAACAAGGAACUACAAAGCACUCUCAAAGGGAACAAGAGGCAGCACUUCUGGCUUCCUUAACAUUGUCAUGGAACUUAAAAAAUGUUGCAACCACUGUUUUCUAAUCAAACCCGAAGAGACAGAGAAAGAAAGCAGAUUGGAUUCAUUGCAGUCUUUGAUCAGAAGCAGUGGAAAGCUUGUUUUGCUAGACAAGCUUCUGACGCGGCUGCGUGAAAGGGGAAACAGAGUACUUAUCUUCUCACAGAUGGUGCGCAUGCUGGAUAUCCUUGCUGAAUACCUGGCCAUCAAACAUUACCCUUUCCAGCGACUAGAUGGAUCAAUAAAAGGAGAGUUACGCAAGCAGGCACUUGAUCACUUUAACGCAGAAGGCUCUGAGGAUUUUUGUUUUCUGUUGUCGACACGCGCUGGCGGCCUAGGUAUAAACUUGGCAUCGGCCGACACCGUGGUCAUCUUCGAUUCAGACUGGAAUCCACAAAAUGAUUUGCAGGCACAAGCCAGAGCUCAUCGUAUUGGCCAAAAGAAACAGGUAAAUAUAUACCGACUUGUCACGAGGGGCACAGUAGAAGAAGAUAUAAUAGAGCGAGCCAAAAAGAAGAUGGUUCUGGAUCAUCUGGUCAUCCAGCGUAUGGAUACAACAGGCAGAACUGUACUGGACAAUAACUCAGGCAGCUCCAAUUGUAACCCAUUUAACAAAGAUGAACUUGCUGCUAUUCUAAAGUUUGGAGCUGCUGAUCUUUUCAAGGAAACUGAAGGAGAGGAAUUAGAACCUCAGGAAAUGGAUAUAGACGAAAUUUUACGUCUUGCGGAAACUCGAGAGAACGAGCCAUCUUCCAGUGCUACUGAUGAGUUGCUGUCUCAGUUCAAGGUAGCUAACUUUGCAACAAUGGAGGAAGAGCCUGAAAUGGUUUUGAAGCGCGAACAGGAAUGGGAUGACAUAAUUCCUGAGGGGCAAAGAAAAAAAGUGGAGGAGGAGGCUCGGCAGAAAGAACUACAGGAAAUAUACAUGCUUCCCAGGAUCAGGAGCUUGAACAAGAAGCCUCAAGCAAAUGACAGUGAGUCUGAUUUGGAGUCAAAGCAGAAAGCUCAGCGUUCCUCUGGAUCCGAGAGUGACUCAGAUGACUCCGAUGAUGACAAAAAGCCAAAGCGCAGAGGACGGCCACGAAGUGUUAGGAAAGACAAUGUUGAGGGAUUUACUGAUGCUGAGAUCAGACGGUUUAUUAAGGCUUACAAGAAGUUUGCUUCUCCACUGGAAAGACUGGAGUGCAUUGCCCGAGAUGCAGAGCUUGUGGAAAAAUCUGUGGCAGAUCUCAAGAGGUUGGGUGAACUGCUGCACAACAGCUGUGCUUCAGCCAUGCAGGAAUUCGAAGAGCAAUUAAAAGAAAACCCUGCUGAUGGAAAAGGUCCAGGCAAGCGCAGGGGACCCACAAUUAAAAUCUCUGGUGUGCAAGUGAAUGUAAAAGCUAUUAUUCAGCACGAGGAAGACUUUGAAGUUCUCAGUAAAUCCAUCCCAGCUGACCCAGAAGAAAAGAAAAAGUUUAACGUGGUGAGUCGAGUUAAGGCUGCCCAUUUUGAUGUGGAAUGGGCAAUAGAAGAUGAUUCCCAUUUACUUCUUGGUAUAUAUGAACAUGGCUAUGGCAACUGGGAACAUAUUAAAAGUGAUCCUGAGCUGAAGUUGUCUGAAAAGAUUUUACCUGUGGAUACAGAGAAGAAACCACAAGCUAAACAUUUACAGACAAGAGCAGAUUAUCUGCUGAAAAUGCUGAAGAAAGAAAUGGAAAAAGAAACGGGUGCUGCAGAGGAGCCUAAGUCAAAGAAAAGAAAGCCACGAGCAAAGAAAGAUAGCGGCAAAACUAAAGAUGAGCAUGGCAAUGACAUUUCAUCUCCCAGACACUCUGACAACAAUUCCGAAGAGGGGGAGGAAAAGGAGGAUGGCACAGAAAAGAACACAAACAAGAAAAAGCAGAAGAAGAAAGACAACAAGGAAAACAAGGAUAAGCAAACUCAAAAGAAAGAGGGAGAUAAAGAUAAAAAGAAAGCAAAAGACAAGAAGGAAAAGGCCAAGCGAGGUGAGGCCAAGCCUGGUGGUAAGAACAGAAAGAACCAAGGUCCUGUUCAUAUAACAGCUGGUAGUGAACCAGUCCCCAUUGGGGAAGAAGAGGAAGAUGACCUGGACCAAGAGACCUUCAGCAUUUGCAAAGAGAGAAUGAGGCCUGUCAAAAAAGCUCUCAAACAGCUAGAUAAUGCUGACAAAGGGCUUUCUGUACAGGAACAACUGGAGCACACCCGCACCUGUUUGCUGAAAAUUGGAGACCGCAUCUCUGAGUGCCUUAAAAUGUACUCUGACCAGGAGCAUGUGAAGUUAUGGAGAAGAAACCUCUGGAUUUUUGUGUCUAAGUUCACAGAAUUUGAUGCCAGGAAGCUGCACAAAUUAUAUAAGAUGGCACACAAAAAGAGAUCUCAAGAAGAAGAGGAUCACAAGAAAAAGGAUGUGUCUGUCAAGAAACCUUUUCGACCAGAGCAAUCUGGAUCUAGCCGGGACCCUCAUGUGUCACAAUCUCAAGGGCCACAUACACCACAGAAACCGGUUAUUGUCCCACCUCACACCCAGCAAGUGCAUAGCCAUCAAAGAGAAAACUUUGGCAGUCCUAACAAGAGACCUUUUAAUAAUGCAGAGCGAGGUGAGUGGAGAGACCGGAAAUUCAAUUACGGAGGCAAUAACAGCAACCAGCCAUGGGGUGGUGACCGCCAUCACCAAUAUGACCAGCAUAGGUACAAAGAUCACCAUUAUUCAGAACGAAGACCACAUGGGGAUCCAAGGAGAAGCUCUGCAAACUUCCGGCCAAACAACAUGUCCCGCAAAAGACCAUAUGACCAAUAUAACAAUGAUCGAGACCACCGUGGACACCGGGACUAUUAUGACAGACAUCACCAUGACAACAAACGAAGAAGAUCCGAUGAUUUUCGACCCCAGAGUUACCACCAGCAGGACUUCAGAAGAAUGGGAUCUGACCACCGGCCCCCCAUGGGCUACCAUAGUCAAGGACCUUCAGACCACUACCGCUCAUUCCAUUCUGAGAAGUCUGGGGAUUAUAAAGGUCCCUCUCAAUCAACUUCUCUCUCUGACCCUCGCUCACCCCCUACUCAAAGAUCCCCACAUGAUAACAAACCACCCCUGGACAGGUCAUUAGAACAGAAAAGUGGAGAUUAUAAUUGGAACAGGUAGAUAUCACAAACAAAACAAUUGAUUGGUAUAUAGUCCUGGUAUUAUGCCACAGGGGGCAGUCAGUGCAACAAGGAUAUUGCUGCUAAAACUUGCUGGCCUGUGCUGCUGUUGGAGAAUCCUAUUCCUUGUGCCAAGAAUAUGGGUUGGACCAAGGCAGCUGUACCAUCAUUUACUUGCUAGAGCUUAAAAGAAGUCAACAUAUAGGCAAGAGAGCCCCCUCACUGUGGCAUUCUUGGAAUUUAAAACUCGUUAUAUGAGAUACAAAUGUCUCUUGAAGGAUAAAUGUUUGGAGAUCUUAAGACGUUACGUCAGUGCUGUUAAUUAUGAUGCAUUUUAUAUGACUCCAGAACUACAUUUCUAGCUAUUGCACUCAAGCUAAUAAGGAAAGAUGUCCAUUUGCCAUUUUGCAUCCCAGACCAGUGUGCAAUAUACUGCAGCCAUAUGUGACUGCAUAAGCAAAGGUUAAUACAGACCGUUUAGUCUGAUUAAGGUUUUAUUGAAGUACAAAGGUGGGAGUAUGAUCACCAUUGAUGGUAUCCAUUCAUUUUUCACAUUUCAAAAGCCUUCCUUUUUUGUCUGUACUAUUUCUAUGUUGGGAUCUGUACAGAAAAUAAUAUUUCUUAAACUUAGGGAUGUAAAUAUUGAACUGGAUGUCUGAGAAUUAAGCAUGAUAAAAUGAUACGCACAGCCAAUAUAAGGCACUUCCCUUCUGGUUACCAACAGCAGAUAGAGAGGCUGGCUUUUCUAUUUUCUUGUUUCCUUUUGUGGAUUUUUUACAACCCUUCAUUUUAUAGAUUUAUGUUUGAUGGGAGUCUCUUGUCACAUACAAUGUCAGUGUUCUCUAAUACAGGGAUGUCCAUCAUGCAGUUUCUGAUGAUUUUGAACUACAAAUCAAACCAUGAGGGUGUUGAGAUGUACAGCAACAUCUAGAGGAACAUUGGUUGCCUAUACCUGUUCCAAAACUCUUCUGGACCAGGGAUUCCAUAUAUACAAAAAAAGGCCACUCACUUAAUUAGCAGAGUGACGGCACUAAAUUCUGAAUCUUUUUAGCAAAACAUAUUUCAUUAAAAUUACAAGGGUAAGUAAACCCUCACAUGCUGAAAGUUCUCCGGCCAGUGCAAGGCCAAUCAUUAUAAAUGCAGCAGGCUUUAAUUAGCUUUUCUAACUUCAUUGUAUUUCAAUUCUGCUUGAGCCAAAUGUAAAAUAUAUAUAUAAAUAUAUAUAUAAAAAAUGUACAAUUUCUUAAACAAAUUAUCCUUCUAACACUUCAGUAUUAGAACAUGAUGAAUCAUUGCACUUUUCCAUUUUUUUUGCCUUGUUAAAGGAUAAACUGUUGUUUUGUCCCAACUCUGCAAAUGCAUACAGCACAGUCAUUAACAAGAUAGCACUGCCAAAAAACUUUGCUCCACAUUUUCAUGAUGAUCUCCAUUCACCCUUAAGCUACAGAGGUCAGAUGGUAUGGUACACUAACUAUUAAACCAUUAUUUAUUUAUAAUUAAUAUAUAGAUUUAUUUUUCAGGGUUAGAGGAAACUAUAUAUUUGUCUAAAUCCAGUUCUUGCCUAGUUCCAUAUUUAAUCGUUAAUAAAAUGAGGAGACCAAGUGCAUCACUGAAUUGUACAAGGGAUGUAUUUAUACCUUGAAAUGCACUCUCAUGAAAUAUGUUGCUUGAUGCAAAUAUUAGGGUCGACCAAGCCAAGAUCACCCCUGAGAGCAAACUGUAGCCGGGUCUUGCUGGAUGGACACAUAGGCUUCUGGGCUUCACAAAUAAUUGAACUAAAUGGCAUAUAAUAUUGGAAUCUUGGCAUUGAUCCACAAAGCUCCUCUCUCAGAUGGGUGACCUGCUAUUGUCCAGUUUGUGGCCCUUUUUAUAGAACCUCGACAACAAAAAAGAGCAUGAAAGCCAAAACAAUAUUAAGAAGCUAGCACAUUUGCACAGAGGCCCAUUAACACACCAUUGUGUUUCUCACACAGUAUUCAAUAGUUUGGCUUGUUUCUUUUCUGUGUGUACAUUGUAUCCUGUUUUCUCUCUCCCAUAAAAUAAUGAGUGCCUUAAAAUAUUAUUCAGUAAUGUCGGGAAAGAUAUAAAAGCCAUGGAUUAUUGUCAUUAACAUUCUGAAGGCUGGAAACUGUCAUAAAACAGUGGGGUUGGCAAGCGUCUCGUAUAAGAGGAAAAUCCAUUUAAUGUUGCCAGGAAACCUUCAGAUUCAUCAUUGCAUUUUAGCAAACUUGUGUGUUUAGCAAUGAUAAUAAUAUAACUGUAUCCAAUUGAUUUGUUUGUGAUCACAGUGCCAGUUACUAGUUAAAGAUUACGUCUGACCCUCUAUUUUGAAUUUACUGAGGGUAACCUUGUACAGUGUCUAGAAAUGUAAAUUAUUGGGGCUAAUGUAAUAAUGUGCAAAAGCUUUUCCUGGUCCGAGUAUGAGAUCAGCAGGUAGUAUUACUAUUCCUGCUUGUUAAAAGCAAACCUGAUUGGUUAGAAUGGGUUACUAGACUGUUUCUAUGCUUUUAUUACAUGACCUUAUUCGAGUGUAUAGUCCUACUUGCUAACAAGCAAUGCAUUGGUGCACAGAAGGGAACAGAAUAUAGGUACCUGGGCAACACCAGUCUGAAUAAUGUUAAACAUUUCUCUGUGUCUGCAACUGCACUGCAGCGCUCUACAUUACCUGGCAUAACUAUCCUGUAAAAGUUAUUUAUAGUGAAUGCAAUAGGAAAUUCUGGUGUUUAUUUACUUGUGUCUGUACAAAAAAACACUAAAAUCCUAAACAAAUGAAAAUAUUUGUCAUAUUAAAGAUUUUAUUUUUGUUGUCUUCCUGAAAUAAUUUGUUUCUUUAUGAAUGUUAGAAAAAUGUAAAGGGAGAGAAGAUUCAUUAUGACCAAAGUCUGUCAGUAGCAACUAUUCAGUUUUGAGGAUGAAUAAGAUGUUAUUACUUACAGGUACAAAUUGCGCACCCCCCCCCCCCCCACCCCAAUGUAUUGCCCAUGGAUUUAGAGCUGUUACCCAUAAAGCACAGGUGUAGGUAUAACAUUCACUACAGUGCAUUAUAGAAAACAUGGACCCAAGGAUAAAGCUUAGCAGUUUAUAUCUGCUUCUCACAUGUCAUAUAACUCUAGUAUAAUGUGUAGAGACGUCUCAUCCCUAAAUGUAAGGGCCACGCAUUGACUUUUUUCUGUUUAUAGAAAACAUGGACCGAAGGACAAAUGCUAGCAGUAUUUAUCUGCUUCUCAUACAUGUCACGUAACUUUAGUAUUAUGUGUAGAGAAGUCUCAUCUCUAAAUGUAAGGGCCACACAUUGGCUUAUUUACAUGAUGUGGUCCUGUAGAAUUGUAUUCAUUUUGUGGCAAGGCAGUGUGAUGCAGGGGCUUGUGCCUGGAGUAGUGAUUUAAGGUGGGUGCAAGGUUAUAGUGAGGCUCUAUUUGCACUUUGAUUUGUCUUAUUACAAUUCACAUCAGUAAAUCUAAUCAUGGAAAUCCUUCCUGUAUAAAGCCUGUUAGGCAAGUUAAAUGAACAUGUUUCAUUGCUGUACCAUUGAAGCCCUGUGCCUCCCAUAAAAUCCAUAGCUCACAUUAAGAAAAGAUUUUAGGUCCACAAAUAUGAAACAAGAUGGAAACCGACCUGUUAAUGUGCAUAGCACUAGCAAAGGACUUACAUAGGAUGCUGCAGAAGCCAUUGGUUCUAGGGAUAUAACAAGAACAGAACAUAUAGUGGCUUAUCAGUGUAACAACUUAAUCCCACAAAGGAUCCAAGCCUGUUGUGGCCAGUAGAUGUCCUCUCUUGUCAGGCAUGAGAAUGAAGAAUGAGUUAUUUUUCUCCUGCCAAUAACCAAAAACUUGUGGGCUUGUUGGGGAACCCAGAGGACAUGUUGACUUAACCCACAGCCACAUGGUGAUGCAUAAACGUAUUUUAAUACUUUUGUUUGAAUGUGAUUUUAAAUUAUGAUUCUAGACAUUAAUCUGUAUAAAUCAACAUUUGUGUCAAAGAACAGAAACAAUUUUGUUUCUACUUUAGAAGAGCAGUUCCAUUAUUCCUUCCCAUAUUGCCAUGCAUGCAAUUCAAUAUCACAGGAAGCCUCUACAGUACGUUGUCUGGUCGUAUGUAUAGGUGUAACCAUUGCUAUACCUUGUGAUGGGAAUGUAUCCACGGGGCCCAUUAUUUAUAGCCAUUGCACAUAACCACCAUUCCUGCAUAUAUAAAUGUACACUGGUCAGCCCGUAUCCUUUCAUAAAGAGAGGGGUUCAAAUCUUCCAAGAUGCUAUUCCUUCAUUGCCCAAGUAGUUCUUCCCUAUUAGCACAAACACGGCAAUGAGCAAUGUCAGGUUUCUAAGCAGUCCCAGUGUUUCUAUUCAGCUAUAAGCAGGCAGAAGUGGGGUCUGGGAUUAUUCAUUUAUAUUUGUGAAAAUAAGUAUGUUGUUGUGCUUUUCCUAUGUAUAUAGUUUGUUUAUAUAGUAUGUAUUAAUUUUCCUACAUUGUAAAACUGCUGUACUUUUCAUUCUUGUAUAUUAAAAAUGAAGGCGUUUUUCAGAACA